AUGAUCACGACCAUCAAGGAAGCGGCAUAUCAAACGUUUGCAGCAACAUCAGCAACCGAGGAAGAAGAAAUUAUCGCAAGACGGGGACAGCUUCCUGACGGGACGAAGCCAGUCAAAGUUCCAAAGCGGAUUUGGAGAGCGCAAGUGAAAAACGUGUACGAAGAACCGGAGGCGGACUUGGACAGUCCCGCAACCCACGAUUGGAUGUUCAAAGAACACGGAAAGACGGUAAUCCACUUCUACAUCCUAAGAUGUGACGAUACAGUGGAUACAGUUGGAGAUACAAAGUUCUUCAUCACAAUGGAUUUGGACGCAGGCUACUGGCAGAUCAAGAUGACCACGUCAUCAAAAGAGAAAACGGCGUUAUUUGUACCAGAUGGCAAGCAGCACUUCCUAGUGAUGCCAAUGGGGAUACUAAGCGCCCACGCAUUCUUUGUCUGUGUAACCAUUCAAUUCAAGAAAGAAUGGCAUGAGUUGUACAAAGAGACCCAAAAGCAGCACUACAAAAACUACUGGACAUCAUCAACAAGCACAGAGCGGCCAUCACGCUGA